GUUUUCUCUUUUAUUUUGGCAGAUGUAUAUAGUCCUUGCAGGUUUUGUAUGAGGUAACUUGUGGUGAUCACAAACAGAAUUGAUGUCAAAUAAAUGGAUCUUUCUUCAUCUGUUCAGUGCAUUAUUAUCUGAAAUUGUACAGUGAACAGAAAGGGACAUGUUUAUGGAGCAGCACAAUCCAUCAGGAUGGCAGUUAUUAAUGGAAAGGGAGAUGCUACAGGAUUACCACAAUCGUCAUCCAAGAAGGCCUUGAGAGAUGGUGGAUCUCAUCCCUGGAUAACUGCAUCCCUAGGUGGCACAUGUUUGUGGCAACAAGAUCGUCUCAGAAGAAUUUGUUAUGGGAGACUUGCCCUCGACCUGAUUGCUUUAGCUGCUAUUUGCGUUCAAAGACUCGAUGAUUCAACGAAUUCUGCAAUUUCAUGGUUUAUACUACAUCCUUUUGGACUGAGACUUACCGUAGUUUAUAUACUUGAGCGUUCGUGGGUUCUGCAGUGCCUUUAAAGGACGCUAAACACAGACGCCUAGGUGAUCAUCACCACCGAUACUUCAACACCUAUUAUUCAACAAAUUGCGGAGGGACUGAAAGACUGCUCUCAACUUUGGCUCUGGACUGUGGAGUGACUGUUAAGGGCGCUUGCACAACCCCCAGGUGAUCAUCACCGCCACCUAUUAUUCAACAGAUUAUGGACUGGUUGAAAGAUUGUUCUCAAGCUUCUUGACAUCGCAACGUCUUGGAGUUUAUUGAUUCUAUUCUUCUGGAUGCGCUCUACACCCCUUUCCGUGUUGCCAUUUGCAUGUUAGUGCAGAAAGUAGCCCGAUCGUAUUCCAGAGAAGGAUAUCUGCUGAUCUACAUAGAGGAAGAUAAACAAGAAGAUCAAUCAGCUGUGACAAAAUUGCAUAGUCAAGAUCUUAUAGGUAUAAUGAAACCAACCCCCCCCCUCGCCCCAGUGGUAUAUGGCUCAUUUUGUGCACACCUCGAUUACUCAACCAAGUACCUGCUAACUCCUACCAACAGAGUAACUCUGCUCACCAAGACUUAGGAUCUUCUAGAAGUCGUGGCUGGAUCUAGAUAGCGAAUGCCGGGGCACUAGAAUGACAAGAUUAACUUUGCCUCAAGACAAAUAUUAUCCUUUCAGAUUUAGUUUGUAGCAUUGCUUCCAUACAACCAGCACUGAUAGACUGAACUAACAGCAGCUUGAUGACUAAUGAGUUCAUUGCGAUGUUAUUCCAAUUAUGUUUCAAUGUAAUUGUUCUUUGAGAAACCUUAAGGGCUAGGUUGGGUACAAUUCGAAUCUCGAUAGAUAAUAGA